UGUUCCCCGUUGGGCUAGAGGCUUGGGCGCGUCGCCUUGCGGCCGUGGCGACUCUGAGGGGAAAAUGUCGGGUCGGGAGCCCCGCGAUGGCAAGAAGUUGGUCCGCUCGCUCAGCGGGCUCCGGAUGGUGCCUGAGAGCCGGGCCGCGCGGAGCCCCUUCGGCCUCGAAGAACCGCCGUGGGUGCCUGACAAGGAGUGUCCCAGAUGCAUGCAGUGCAAUACGAAAUUUGACUUCAUAACCAGAAAGCACCACUGCAGAAGAUGUGGAAAGUGCUUUUGUGACAAAUGCUGCAGCAAAAAAGUGCCUCUGCCGCGUAUGUGCUUUGUUGACCCUGUGCGCCAGUGUGCAGAAUGCGCUCUUGUUUCACAGAAAGAAACCGAGUUCUAUGACAAGCAGCUCAAAGUGCUUAUGAAUGGUGCUACGUUCUUUGUAACUCCAGGAACAUCAGAAAAAUCAGAGACAAUGGUAUGUCGACUUUCCAACAACCAGAGGUACCUAUUUCUGGAUGGAGACAGCCAUUAUGAAAUUGAAGUUGCACAGAUUUCGACUGUCCAGAUUCUUACAGAGGGAUUUACUCCUGGAGAAAAAGACAUUCACACUUACACCAGCCUCUUGGAAAGCGAACACAUUACAGAAGGCGGCAAUACUCGUGCUAUAGGUAUGCUUCUUCAGUACAAGGUGCUGGGGUCAGAGGAGCUCAGACAGCUGAAAUUUACUGCUGGUGAAGACUUCAAUUCUAACAAGAAACUGUCAGCAACCUGGCUAGCAGCCAUGCAUAAGGCAGCAAAACUUCUUUAUGAGUCUCGGGACCAAUAACAGCUUCUGAUUUGAAGGGAAAAGAUGAACUCUAAGAAUAAACUUCUCACUUCUUGCUAGUUCACAUGGUAAAAAGUACUUGGUAAUAGAGGGAACCACCCUACCCCCUUCCUGUCCUAAAUGUGGUUCAUUAUGUGAGCACUGGCCAAUAACAAUGUGAGUAUUUGACCCAUAAGUAUUCACUUAUUUAGUGUGCAAUAUGUAUACAGUUUAUUAAUGCUUUAAAUAUAGCCUUGCAUCUAUGACUUUAUAUUUUGUUAAAUCUUGUCUGCACUUAAUUAUGUACAAUGAAGUGUGACCUGCACUAUGGCUAAAUGUAUAGCACAACUUUUGUAGUACAGAUUAUGUAUACUGUAUAAUUCAUUAUAAAAAGGAAACACUCAUGUUUGAUGCUCCAGAAAAUAGCUUUUCAGGUGUGUAGCUCUCAGGUUUUUCCCCCCUCAUAUCCAAAUGAUCUAUGAAUUCUGCCUUAGGUGUCCUUUUAUAGAAGCCACUCUUUCUUGUGGUGGGGGAUUUUUAUCAUAUUAAACAUUUGUAAAGUAAGAUUUACCAAAUGCCACAAAUUGUCCUGUGAAAGUUGACCUUUUUGAAUGAAGCUUCCAGCAAGACUGAUUUUUUGAAGUUUUAUAUUCAUGCUUUUUGUGGUAAUUCUAGGUUUGGCUAAUAAAACCCGAUUAAAUACUAUUUAAAGUCGUA